AUGUGGAAGCCAAAGCUUAAUUUCAUCUCCCUUCACUACAUGUGGAUUUUGUUCUGUAGCCUACUGUCAUGGGUGUUACUAUAUCCGUACGGCAACUUGGCCGCCGUGGAUGCCUUCUUCUUCGGCUGCAGUUCGUCGACAGAGUCUGGAUUGAACACCAUUGAUGUGAAGGACUUGAAGACUUACCAGCAGGUGUACAUCUACGUGAUUCCUAUGAUCACCAACUUGAUGUUUGUCAACAUUGUCGUGGCCGUAGCGCGUCUGUAUUGGUUCCGGCAGCGUCUUCGAAGUAUUGCUCCUAGUUCACUCAGAAGAUAUGGCGGCGAAGACGUAGAGGCCAACACAGAGUCUGAACGCAAGCUUGGUGAAGAGAGUGAGAAGCCAUUGCAGCACGAAGCAGCUCCAUUACCAGACCAUUCCUUCCAGGCAUCGGGAAACGAGGACGCAUCCCAUGAGAUGGACGAACAGCCCAAAACUACAUCUAGGCCGACUAACGUCACUUUCGACGACCGCAUGCCAGUACCUAGGCCUUUUGGUCGUGCGGAUACCACUGUGCUUCACGUACCUGGGCCUAUAGAUCGCAUCAAUGGCCAGCCGAUCACUGAGAUAUCGGUUGGACGCAGUGAGACUGAUGACACUGACGCCAUCCGACCUGUUCGAAGGGCAUCGACUGGCCUGUCGAGACGGAGACCGCACCACGCUAAUGGUCCUGCAAUGCGUGCGGCCCUCUCCAUCGAGAAGGUUGCUUCUUCGAUGCUGGUCUUGGGACAGACAAGACACACCGAUACCGAAUCACGUCGCUCUGGCACGUUCAGCCGCUCCCGCACCAUAGACCUUCCCAGACUAUCUCAACAGGUUACCGUCGGUCGCAACUCCCAAUUCUUCAACCUCACCGAACAAGACCGCGAGACCCUCGGCGGCAUCGAGUACCGGAGCCUGAAGCUCCUGCUCAAGGUCAUAUAUAUCUACUUCGUCGGGCUCCAUCUCUUUGGAGUCGUCUGCCUCGUGCCGUGGAUCCACAACGCACCGUCAAAGUACAAGGACGUCCUGGCUCAGAGCGCGCAGGACCGGACCUGGUGGGCCAUCUACUCGGCCCAGACCAUGGUCGACAACCUAGGCUUCACGCUCACGCCGGACUCGAUGGCGAGCUUCAGAGACGCGACCUGGCCUAUGCUCGUCAUGACGUUCCUCGCUUUUGCGGGAAACACCUGUUACCCCGUCUUCCUCCGCCUCGCCAUCUGGGUCAUGUCAAAAGUCGUCCCCCGGAAUUCGGCCAUCAGGGAACAGCUCCAGUUUCUGCUUGACCACCCGAGACGGUGUUACACGCUCUUGUUCCCCAGUAAGCCCACCUGGAUUCUUUUCGGGAUAGUCUUCGCCCUCAACUUCAUCGACGUCCUGCUCAUCAUCGUCCUGGACCUCGACAACGCGGCCGUCAACGACCUACCCAUGGGCCCGCGCAUCUUAUCCGCGCUCUUCCAGGCUGCUUCGGCGCGUCACACUGGUACCGCCACGCUGAACCUCUCCCUCGUCAACCCGGCUGUGCAAUUCAGUCUCUUGUCCAUGAUGUACAUUGCCAUCUACCCGAUUGCCAUCAGCAUCCGUGCUUCCAACACAUACGAGGAGAAGGCGCUGGGCAUCUACAGCGACGACAGCCAGCUCGACGAGAGUAACAGCGCAUCAUACAUCAUGUCCCACGUCCGCAACCAACUCAGCUUUGACCUGUGGUACAUCUUCCUGGGAACCUUUUGCAUCUGCAUCGCAGAGUCAGAACGGAUCAUGGACCUUAACGAGCCGCAAGUACCCCGACCCCGCUUACCAUCCCACGUCUUUUAUCGCUCACUAAACUACAGCGGCAACGUCGGGCUGUCCUUGGGACACCCGUCGGUCAUGACCUCCCUCAGCGGCGAGUUCACGACGUUCAGCAAGCUCGUCAUCUGCGCCAUGAUGAUCCGCGGCCGCCACCGCGGGCUGCCAUACUCGCUCGACCGUGCCAUCAUGCUUCCCAGCGAAGAGAGCUCCUCGCAGUCCGAGAUGGCUAAACGCGCGGCGGCGGAGCGGGAAGAGAGAUAUUUCAUGAACGACAGGCGCCAGAAGUUGCUUUACACCAAGACUAACUAUACCCUGUGA